AUGAGAUUGUAUAUUCACUCACCUUAUGAAAUCCUGAACCCAAGUCAAAAUUUUCACGUAACAGCUACAUCUUCACCUACAACUGAGUACACAGCAGAUUGGACAGUAUCAGAUUCCAAUAUAAAUUCAUUGAGCCCAAAUCAACGAAAAUGCAUGAACAUCCGCGAGCCACAGCAAAAGACAAUGACUUUGUACUCAAGACGGCUUUGCAAGAUCGCCGAUACUGCUGAGCAAUACUCCAAAAAGUGUAAUUGUCGCCCGUACUAUUUGCAUGCAAAUCGUCAGUCAAAAAUAUGUAACCUGAAAGAAUAUAUAACAUGCGUUCGAAGUGAAAAUCCAGAAUACCAAGCAGAUUACAGGCAAACAUUAUUAUGUUUAAAUCCGUGCAUUCAGUUGAAAUAUAUAAAAUUGAAGCAAGACCUCCUGCAUGUUACUGAUAAAUCUGUACCAAGUUUUAAUAUGGAUUUGAUUUUACCAAAAAUAAGGUAA